GCCAAAAUGACCUCCAUCAAUGUCUUGGACCUCCCUUUUUCCGUGAAGGACAGUUUGAUCAAAGCUUCUUUGGACACCGUCGAGGAUCUUUUGCUAUAUACGCCGCCGAGCCUAGUCGACGAUAUACCUGGCACACGAUUUAAGCGCCAUCAACCUGUCAAGGGCUCCUCAAGUACCAAUUAUGAUCGCCUUAUAAACCUGACUCCAGACGAAGUUGACCUCGCCUACAAUCAGGCUGCAGCCUACAUUUUUGAGACCAGGAUUGCUUAUGGAACAGCGCUCGAUUUGCUUCAAGAAGAGCACUGGCUAUCUCUCGGAGAUCCCGUCAUGGACAUUGCUCUCGGCGGGAAUGGCUUCAUGACGCGCGGAAUCACGGAAUUAGCAGGGGAGAGUGCUGUAGGCAAGACUCAGCUCUGCCUCCAGCUAUGUUUGACUGUGCAACUUCCGCUUCAUAUGGGUGGGCUUGGUGGCUCUGCAAUCUGGCUUUCAACAGAGGGUAAAUUUCCGUACGGCAGAUUGGAGUCGAUGAUUGAUAGCUUUGUGGGAAAGUACAAGGAGACCGUUCCUGAGAUUGAUGCGGACAAAAUUCGGGACAACAUUUACUUCGAUUCUAUGGCGGAUCAAGAAACCCAGCUGCAUAUCUUUAAUUACCAACUACCUAUUUUGAUUCAUGACUCGCAUGUAUCGCAGGAUUACGACGAAUUCGAUGUAUCUCAGCACGGUCCAGUAGACGAUGGAGACACAGAUCGCUCAGGGCAACCACGAAAGAAGCCGGUGAAGCUUAUAAUUAUCGACUCAAUCACGAACAAUUUUCGAAGCGAGCUCAGUAUUCCUUCAACCGUGGAUCAGGUAGGAGAGAAUCCAAGCUUCAGGUCCAGCAUUCUCCAGAGAAGUGCUGAUCUAUGCGAGAUUGGCCUGCGCCUGAGGACUCUAGCCGACCAGUUCGGAUUGGCAGUUAUAUGCGUGAACCAAGUUACGGAUGUCUUCAAGCCCAACGAUGGGUCGCUUGCAGUGAACGCCUCUUCUAGCAUUCAAGCAGGAUCAUCGGUGUUCAAUUCGCUCAACGACCCUAUGAAGUUCAAGAAACCCGCGCUUGGGCUCGUCUGGGAAAACACGAUCAAUGCACGAGUUGUUUUGCAAAGGACACGACUACCUGACUAUCAAUACGUGGAUCAUGAGCCGUAUGCGGAAGCGAUAAGCAGUAAAGAGCCACAACGCACAAUGUCAGUCAUCUUUUCACCGUGGGCCGCUAACAAGAGAGACGGUAGUCCACAGGAGUCGGGGUAUUGCCGAUACAGAAUAGACGAGACCGGUGUAGUUGGGUUACCUGCGGAGCCCGCCAGAAAAUGAAUGUACAAGAUGUCCACGUCACACUUAAUCGCAUCGCAUCCACUUGAUCCAACACCUACCCAUUCUACACACAGCCUCGUCAAAGCAUCGCGCCCGCCCUCCCUUCUUCUCUCACCUCCUAUCCACCAGUUAACCCAUCUAUACCAUUUAUCCCAUCUAUACCAUUUAUCCCAUCUACAUCAUUUAUCCCAU